AUGACGGAGCUGAUGAAAAUGUUACAAGGCAUCAAGUACUGCCUAUCGGAGCACCCUAGGAUACUAAACUUCCGGUGGAGCACGACCCAAUCCUGGGGCUCCACGUGGUCCUUCCUCUUCACCGUCAUCCCCGCCUACAUCGCCGCUGCCGUCACACUCCACCUCCUCCUCACCCUCUUCCGCCGCCGCCGUCCGGUCCCCCUCGGCCCCAUCCCCGCCGCGCACAGCCUCCUGAUGGCUCUAAUAUCCGCCGUGAUCUUCGUCGGCAUGCUCCUCUCAGCCGCCGCAGAGAUUCGAGACACGCGGUGGCUCUGGCGGCGGACCAAGACCACCCCGUUCCAGUGGCUCUUCUGCUUCCCGCUCGGCACGCGCCCCUCCGGGCGCGUCUUCUUCUGGUCCUACGUCUUCUACCUCUCCCGGUUCCUCCACCUCUUCCGCACAUUCUUCACCAUCCUCCGCCGCCGGCGACUCACCUCCUUCCACCUCCUCAACCAGUCCUUCCUCAUCUUCAUGUCCUUCCUCUGGCUCGAGUUCUCACAAUCGUUUCAGGUCCCGGCGAUACUCUCCACCAGUCUGCUCUACUCCGUCGUCUACGGCUACCGGUUCUGGGUCGGGGUCGGGAUGCGCGGCGCGUGCUUCCCACUCGUGGCGAACUGCCAGGUGGCUUUACUGGGAUGUAACCUGGCAUGCCAUGUCGGCGUUCUGCUGCUUCAGGUGUUCAAAGGCGGGUGCAACGGGAUGGGGGCGUGGCUGUUCAACUCGGUGCUCAACGCCGCCAUUCUUUUGCUGUUCAUGAGUAACUAUGUGGAAACUCAUACCAUUGCCAGCAAGGCAAGUAACAACACGGCUUGA